AUGCCAGAAGAUUCGCAGAAGGUUCUCCUGGACGGCAUGGGUCAGGCGCUCGUGUCGUCCGGCAUGUGGCCGUGUAACAUCUUCGGCGGCGUUAAAGCGUGUGUCGCGGUGGCUUCUAACGGAGCGUUCAUGCAGCAGUGCGCGAAUGUCGCCAAGUCGGAAGUGGACUGCGCUUAUAACCGCGAGACGCUGAGUGACAUUAACGAGGAUCCGAAUGUGAUUAUGAAGGAGAAGCUUGAAGAAGCAGGCUUCGAGCCGUGUCCCGCGUGUUUGGACGCACUGCAUCGCUUCUGGUGCGGCCAGACCACCCCCACCUGUGGCACCUUCGCUAAAGUGGUUGACGAGAUUCUGCCUGAAAUGAGGCAAGUCAGUGCUGGCAAGUUGAAGCCAGACGAGCUCGUCCAGUCAGCCCUGCCCCGCAUGCUCCAAGCCUUUUCUCUCGGGCUGCCCUGCCGCAAAAUGUGCGAGGCGGUUACCGCCACCUGCAGCUGCGGCCGCCCGGCCACGUUCGGGCAGAUGAUGAAAGUUUUGGAGCUGAAGCGCACGCAGCAGCAGGCAGAGGGGGAGGGGGCGGCGGGCAGACCCCUGGCGGAGAACAAAGAUUUGAUUCCGUUUGGGUUCAGUACGAACAUGUCUCUGGCUACUGCUGUGAAGAUCUUCAAAGGGGUGUGGGAUCGACCCGUGUGCGACUUGUUUGCUCCACAUGACGCCCCUGGCUUCCAGGGUGUGUGUGAGACGUGGUGGGCGGGCGCGGACAAGAACCAGACGACAUGCCGCUGGUGCGAGUCGAAGCAGCGGCCAGAGGACAUGGACGAACAGAUUGUGGCUCAGAUCGCCCAGUCUGUAUCCAGUAUGAUGCAGGCUGGUCUCGAGCAUGUUCUCUUCGCAGCCGCCUUCCCGGUUCCCACCCUAAACGCUGCCCGCACCACCACCACCACCACCCCCUCCUCCUCCUCAUCCUCCUCCUCCUCUGCGGCCUCUGCCUCUGUCUCUGUUUCCAAUGCCGGCCCUGCAACUGCAACAGCUUCUGCUCGUGCUGCUAAUGCUGGUGUUGCUGUCUCUCCUGCUGUUGCCCCUGAAGCCGAUGCGGCCGACGCAGCAGCGGUAGAGCAAGCAGAGGAGGAGGUGGAGCAGGAGGAGCAGAAAAGCUUCGACUGGCAAGACGACCAAACCGGGCUACCCAAUCCCGAGCCUGUUGAACUACCCCCUGACACUGUUCCUCCCGAGCUGAUCGACCCUACCGGCGAACCUGGUCCCAAGCCUGCCGCCGAACCGGGCGCCGAGGCUGCAGCCGAGCCUGGUUCGGAUGGGCCGGGGUAUUUUAGAGAAGCAGCGCCGGGGGACUGGGGGUAUAAAGAGUCAGAGGAGGAGAAAAUGGCUAAAAUGAUGCGAGGGGAGGGUGUGGGAGAGGAAGGGGGGGAGGUUCCAUCUGGGAAAGGUGGUACUGCGGGUGGAAGGUGGGAAGAGGUGAUGAAUGGGAUGAUGGGGGGGAGGGGAGGGCGAGGAGGUGAGGGGGGACGAGGGGAGGGGGAGAGGGGAGAAAGGGGGGGGGCAGAGGGCAGAGGUGGUGCAUGGGAGGGAGGUUCUGCUAGAGGGGGGACGAUGAUGCGAGGGGGGCCGGGAGAAGGUGAGGGUGGUGAGAAGGAAGGAGAGAAGGAAGGAGAGGAGGAGGGAGCGGAGGAGCCAGGAGAUUCCAGGGGUUCUGCUGUUGCAAGCGCAGGCACGACUUCUCCCAGUGUUCCUCGAGCCGAGCCUUCUCCCGAGCCUGGAGAACCGGAGCGGCCUCCGGUUUGGGAGAAGAAGGAAUGGCAGGAGAAGGGAGGGGAGCCGAGCUCCGGGUGGCGGUCGGAAAAGCCGGAGGAGCCGGUGGAAGAGGGUGGGGGGAAUGUGUGGUAUCGAGGGCAUGGGGAUGAUUUGCCCCUUCCGCCGAGAGAGGAAAAGCGCGGGUCGCCUUUGGUGGCGACGAUUUUUAUUUUCUUUGCGGCUGUGGGAGUGGUGGCGGGGUUGGCGUUUUGGAAGAUGAGGAGGGAGCGGAGGGCGAGGGACGCGCGCGUGCUGUCGCUGGUUCUCCUAAUCCACCUGACCAUAUCCUCAACGGCCUUAUCCGCAACAGCUCAACCCAUCCCCCUUCCGCGAGUCACUGACGGCCCGGCAGCGCUGGUGGGAAGCGCCGCCAGCUCAGCACAGUCCGCGAUCGGUGGCCCCGCGAUCCCGGUCCAGAACCCGAUCGGCGGCGCCGCGGGCGCGGCUCAGAGCACAAUUGGCGGCGUCGCUGGCGCGGCUCAGGGCGUGAUUGGCUCUGCAACCACCGCCGCCCAGACCACGGCCGGCAAUCUUGUGAGGACCGUUGGUGGCGCUCUGAACGGAGUUCAAAACACCAUCGGUGGCGCAGUGAACGGGGUUCAAACCACUGCUGGCGGCGCCUUCAACACACUUCAAAACAUCGCUGGUGGCGCCCUGAACGGGGUUCAGACCACUGCUAGCAGCGCGCUCAACGCCGUUCAGAGCACUGCUGGGGCCGCGCUGAACGGAGUGCAGGGCGCCGCUGCGGGAGCGACGGAUGCAGCUCAGCGCACCCUCGGAUCUGCCCUCAACGCAGUUCAGACUGUCGCCCAGGACCCGAUUGGAGCUAUUCAGAGCACUGCUGGGACCGCGCUCAACGCAGUUCAGACCACUGCCGGGGGCGCUGUCGGUGCGGUCCAGACUGCUGCUGGCGGCGCUCUGGGGGCGGUGCAGGGGACUGUAACCAGCCUGGGAAACGCCCUGACUGGCACUGCUCAGCAGCUCGCUACUACCGGCCCCGUUAACGCUAUAAGGAACGCUGCCGGCACGGCUGCAAGCAACGUGGGGAGCGCUUUGAGCGGGCCUGCGGGAGCGAUUCAAGGUGUGGCUGGUGCGGCUGUGGGCAAUGUUGCGAGUGCAUUGCGCGGGCCUGCGACUGCUGCUGUGAGUGCUCUGAGCGGGCCUGCAGGGGCGCUGCAGGGAGUGCUGGUGCGACAAGGAGGCGUGCUGAGCCGCCCUCUUGAAAGCGUUCAGGGAGCAGUUGCUGGUGUUGCUGGUGCGGUGCAGAACGCUGCUGGGGGAGUGCAGCAAACGCUGAGCCGGCCGGUUGAAAGCAUUCAGGGGGCAGUUGCUGGUGUUGCUGGGGGCGUGCAGAAUGCGGUUGGGGGAGUGCAGAGCACACUCGGCAAUGUGGGAGCCGGUGUGCAGAGCACCCUUGGGAAUGUCGCUGGGGGUGUGCAGGGCACCCUUGGGAAUGUCGCUGGGGGCGUGCAGAGCACCCUGGGGAAUGCUGCUGCUGGUGUUCAGAGCACAGUGGGCAAUGUGGCUGGCGGUGUGCAGCAAACUCUGGGUAACGCCGCUGGUACUGUGCAGAGCACUCUGGGGAACGCUGGUAGCAGUGUGCAGGGCACUCUGGGUAACGCCGCAGGCACUGCUGCUACUACUGCGGGUGCAGGUGCUGGUCCUGGCGUCGUUACUACAGUCCCCGUGGCAGCACGCUCAUCGGUGGAGAGUGAGCCGAGUGAGCCAGGAAGGAGGCUGCAGGACAGGCCGGCAGGUACAGUCAGCACCGGCUCUGCCGCUAUUCCCACUCCCCUCCCCACCGCCCCCAUUCCUACCACACCCAUUCCAACCACACCCAUUCCAACCACACCCAUUCCUACCACACCCAUUCCUGCCACACCCAUUCCAACCACUCCCACCACCACCCCUGCUGCUGGCACUAGCGCCGGUCCACUGGGAGGUCCACUGGGUGCAGUGCAGCAGGCACUCUCAGGUGCAGGCUCCACCCUUCAAGGCGUUGCCUCUGGCGCAGCAACUACUCUGCAGGGCGUUGCCUCUGGCGCAACCUCCACCCUGCAGGGAAUCACUGGGUCUGCCGCCCAGCAGAUCGCUUCUGCCGCCCAGUCCCUCCCUGGCGCUGUCCAGUCCCUCCCAGGUGCCGUCCAGGGCGCAGCUGCUGAUGCUGCGGGCAGCGUGCAGAGCACUCUGGGGACCGUCGCUAGCGGUGUGCAGCAAACUCUGGGCAAUGUGGCAGGGGGAGUGCAGCAGACGCUGAGCAAUCCGGUCGGGUCACUCCAGGGCGCAGCUGCUGGUGCUCUUCGCGGGGUGCAAAACGCCGCUGCAAACGUGCAGAGCACUCUUGGCAGUGUUGCUGGGGGAGUGCAGCAGACUCUGGGUAAUGCCGCUGGGGGCGUGGCUAAUGUGGCGCGUGCGGCAGGAGGGACUGUCUCUGGAGCUGCUACCGGUGCACAAGCAGCACUCUCCGGACAGCUCUCGGCAGCCCAGAACGCCCUGUCAGGCCCGGUUUCCACAGUACAAAACGCACUCUCUGGACCCCUUUCCACAGUCCAGGGCGCAGCAGCAGGGGCAGUGAGGGGCGUGCAGGGGGCACUGUCCGUCCCUGCUGGAGCCAUCCAAGGCGCUGCUACCGGCGCACAAGCAGCACUCUCUGGCCCCCUGUCCUCAGCCCAAAACGCCCUGUCAGGACCAGUCUCCACAGUCCAGGGCGCAGCAGCAGGGGCAGUGAGGGGCGUGCAGGGUGCGCUGUCCGUCCCUGCAGGCGCGAUCCAAGGGGCGGUUAGCGGCGUGCAGGGUGCAGUUCAGGGCGCCAUGCAAGGGGUUCAAGGCGCGGUGCAGGGAGCAGCACAAGGUGCGCAAGGAGCAGUGCGAGGGGCCCAGGGAGCCGUGCAAAACGCUGUUCCGCUGCCCACAGCUGCCGCUCAGCUUCCUGCUGCCGGCUCUGCUGCUGCAGGUGUGAAUGCGGCUGCCGCUGGUAAUGGCGCUGCUGCUGCUGCUACAGUCCCCGUGGCAGCACGCUCGGCAGCAGAGAGUAAGCCUAGUGAGCCUGGGAGGAGGCUGCAGGACGGCCCGGCAGCAGCAGGCAACGCAGCUGGUAGUGCUGGCCCCACUUCCACCGCCACCCCCACUCCUCUCCCCAUCCCCACCUCCACCACUCCCACUUCCACCACCCUCACUCCCAGUCCACUCGGUGGCGUGCAGCAGGCGCUCUCUGGUGCAGCCUCAACCCUUCAGGGAGUCGCCGGGUCUGCCGCCCAGCAGGUCACCUCCGCCGCCCAGUCGCUCACAGGCGCCGUCCAGGGGGCAGCUGCCGGUGCUGCGGGCAGCGUGCAGAGCACACUGGGCAAUGUGGCUGGGGGAGUGCAGCAGACGCUGAGCAACCCGGUUGGAGCCAUCCAGGGCGCAGCUGCUGGUGUUGCUGGCGGGGUGCAGAGCACACUAGGCAGGGUGGCUGGGGGAGUGCAGCAGACGCUGAGCGAUCCACUUGGAUCCAUUCAGGGCGCCGCUGCUGGUGCUGCUGGGGGCGUGCAGAACGCCGCUGCCAAUCUGCAGAGGACUCUGGGCAGUGCUGCUGCGGGCGUGCAGCAGACUGUGGGCAGUGUUGCAACCGGCACACAAGCAGCACUUUCCGGACAACUCUCCUCAGCCCAGAACGCACUCUCAGGCCCGAUUUCCACAGUCCUAAGCGCACUCUCCGGACCUCUUUCCACAGCCCAGGGCGCAGCAGCAGGGGCAGUGAGGGGCGUGCAGGGGGCACUGUCCGUCCCUGCUGGUGCCAUCCAAGGCGCUGCUACCGGCGCACAAGCAGCACUCGCCGGCCCCCUGUCUCCCGUGCAAAGCACACGGUCAGGGCCGAUUUCAGCUGUCCAAAACGCACUCUCUGGACCACUUUCAACUGUCCAAGGCACAGCAGCGGGGGCAGUGAGGGGCAUGCAGGGGGCGCUGUCAGUCCCUGCUGGCGCCAUUCAAGGCGCGGUUAGUGGCGUGCAGGGCACGGUUCAGGGAUCCAUGCAAGGAGCCAUGCAAGGCGCACAGGGCGCAGUGCAAAACGCUGCGCCACUGCCCACAGCUGCCGCUCAGCUCCCUGCCACUGCUAAUACUCCUGCAGGCACUGCAGCUACUGCGGCCGUUUCCGCUGCUGCAUCCGGCGCCACAGGUGCGGGUGCUGCUACAGUUCCUGUGGCAGCACGUUCAGCAGCAGAGAGCGAGCCUGGGAGGCGGCUGCAGGACAGCCCGGCAGCAGCAGGCAGCGCAGCUGGCAGUGCUGGUUCAACCACCACACCCCGCAACGGCCCCACCACCACCCCCACCACCCCCACCACUUCCACCACUCCCACCACCACCGGUCCACUGGGUGGCGUGCAGCAGGCGCUCUCUGGUGCUGCUUCCACCCUUCAAGGCCUCACAUCUGGAGCCACUGCCACUCUUCAGGGCUUAACCUCGGGCGCUUCCCAGCAGCUGGCCUCCGCCGCCCAGUCCCUCCCCGGCGCCGCCCAGUCCGCCGCCCAGUCCGUCCCAGGCGCGAUCCAAUCCGCAGCAGGGUCGGCACAGUCAGCAGCGGGAGCAGCAGUGGGAGCAGCAACAGGGACUCUGAACCGGGUAGGGGAUGCCCUCACACUCCCCCUGCGCCAGGCUGUGACGGCUGUAUCCCAGCCUCUUGUAGGGGCAGCCCAGGUUGUAGCGCAGCCUUUGGGAGCGGCUGUAGCGAGCGCUGUGCAGCCGGCUGUAGCGGCACUGCAGGCGGGGGUUCAGGGGGUUGGUGCAGGCGUUUCAGGGGUUGCUGGAGGGGUUGGGAGUGCGGUGCAGGCAGCAGGAGCAGGCGUGCAGAACGUAGGGAGAGGGGUGGUGGCAGGAGUGCUGAGUGCAGGGGCAGCAGUGGGGGAGAGGGUGCAGAGCCUGGGAGCGGCAGCAGCAGGGGGGGUGCAGAGCCUAGGAGGGAAUCUGACUGGGGCAGCAGCAGGGGCGGCAGAGGCGCUAGGCAGGACUGCUAGUGGGCUGGGGGCCGGGCUAGGGAGCACUGCAGCGGGAAUUCAAGGGGGUAUUGGCCAGGCGCUCGGGGGAAUUACCCGGGCGGUUCAGGGCGGGCCCGGGAAUCUCGGGCAGGCAGUGGGGCAACUUACCCAGGGGAUUCAGGGCGGGCCGGCGGUGCUGGGGGGCGUGCUGACCCGGGCGGCAGACUCGGUUACUGCGGCAGUGGGAGGGGCGGCAGGGGCGGCGGGGAAUGCUGUGACUGUAGCGGUGGAUGCUGCUAGUGGCACGAUUCGAUACAGCAUUGGGGGGAUUGGGAAUGCUACGGAGCUGGUCUCUGCUGGGAUCUACCAGGCUGCUGGGGCAGCAGGAGGAGCUGCCAGAUCAGCAGGCACGCAGGUGGUGAGCCUGUUCAACCGGGUCAACCCAGUCAACGCCCUGUCAGCAGCAGGCAACACACUCACAGGCACAGUAGCCGCCACCCCCAGCGCCAUCGCCAGUCUGCUGCAGAACCCGGCAGGCUUCGUCCUGCAGGCCACAACCAGGGGAGGUGCAUCUGCUGCUGCCGGUACAAACGGUUCUGCUUCUGGGGUCACAGAGACUCGAGUGGCGCCGCUGAGUGUUCUGGCGCCUCUCAUCCCUUCAACCAUCAGCACCACUCCUCUUUCUGCUGCAGCCACCGUGGCUCCUCUGCUGGGCGUUCGGCGUCAAGAAAUCACUCCAGCCACUACCAGCAACCCAUCAGUCGCUGCAAGGAAUCCAACUACCCUCACCUCCUCUCGCCCCGCCACCACCACCACUGCUAGACCAAACCCCACCACCUCCCUAACCACCUCCACCCCCACCUCCACCAGCAACCCCUCGUCUGCCUUCUCCUCCUUCCCCUCGAUCCCCUCUUCCCUCCCCUCUUCCCUCCCUUCUUCCUUCCCUUCUUCCUUCCCAUCGUCCAUACCCUCUUCCCUCCCAUCAUCCCUCCCCUCCUCCGUCCCCUCCUCCACUCCCUCCUCCCUCACAUCCACUCUCGCCAACCUCCCCACCAACACCCCCACCACCUUCCCCACCUCCAACCCCCUUCCCGCCAACACCCCUCUCCCUGGGGGCUCCUCCCAAUCCUCUUCCGCCCCUGGCAUGCUUCUGGGAGUUGCUGGUGAUGCGGUAACCAACGCUGCACUACAGCUGCUGAGGGGAAUCCAGGGGGCCAUGCCCGGGGCUGGAGGCUCUAGCAGUAGCAGCGGUCGCAACAGCGUUACCAGUGGUAACACUGGGUUUCUCAGCGGCAAUACCGGGUUUCCUAGUGGUACAACUGGAGCUGCCUUCCCUGCAGCUUCUCAGGGAGGUUCUUCUGGGGGAGGCAUUGACUGGACUGCUGCAUUGCCGCUCCUGCAAACCCUUGUCCAGCAAGCAACAGGCGGUGGUGGUAACAGUGCGAGCCGUGGAAAUGGCGAUGGUACAGUGGUGAAUGUGGAUUUGAACGCAUUGUUACCUGUUGCGGAAGCUCUGAUGGGGUUCGCGACAGGGGGUGCAGUUGGAGGGAAUGCAAACCAGCUGGACCUUGGGAUGCUGAUGAAUCUGGCUGGGGCCCUUGGUGGUGCCCUGUCUGGUAAUCCAUGA